AUGCUCCAGCAAGGAUACUACGAUAUCACGCACUCGGAAAUAGCUGGCGGUGGAAGUGAAGCGAACAAUAAUACCCCGUUCUCGGUGAAGGACAUCCUCAAUAUGGUCGAAUCGGGUGCAGGAGUCGUCGAUGGGUACCUGAACUGCCAGAUGGAAAGCGCUUCCGGCCACUUCUCGUACGCCACCUACUCCGGCUACGAUGCCCCGCCUGGAUAUCAUCCGUCGGACCCCUACGGCAUGCUUCCACACGGAUACCUCUCUCAGGCACAUCAUCAUCACCAUCAUGACCUCAGCUACGGUGCUUCUUCGUACGAUUUUAACUCACCUCCAGGACCUGUCCCGUCUCACGUCCCUCCUCCACACUACUCCCACGGUCAGUCCUCGUACGGAUAUCAUCCCGCGAUCACCACCAACUCCAGUCCUGCACUUGGUACCGAUCUCGAGAUGACAUACGCCGGUGGUUCAGCGGAAAAACCCACUCUGCUAGGACACGAACAGUCCGUUUCACAGUGCGGCUUUCACAUACAGGACGUUCGGGGAGCACUUCUAGACAGCAGUACUCCCACGUUGGUGGAUCACACGCCUGUGAAGGAACCCCCCAACAAGGACGAAUCGUUCACGAGUGGAUCGACCUGCGUCACGUCCGAGCACGUCCAAGAGUUGGAUAGCCUUUGUCAGCUGAAUAACAACAACCACCACACAACCGCCAGCGAGGAGGAACUGCUCCAAAAAGAAUGCAACGGCGCUGCACUCGUGACAUCAUCCCGGUGUGAACUUCGCAAAAACGGGAAGCUACGUGCGAAGCGCAAACCACGCAUCCUUUUCUCGCAGGGUCAGGUGUUGGAGCUCGAGCGACGUUUCCGACAACAGCGCUAUCUGUCGGCACCGGAACGCGAAACUCUCGCCAGCAUCCUGAAGCUGACACCGACUCAGGUGAAGAUCUGGUUCCAGAACCGUCGCUACAAGUCCAAACGCGUGCAACUCGAAAGUGCCUCUACGUCGGUGCCAAAGUGUGACACAGCGACCCUCAACGCAACACCUCGAUGUCCUUCCGACGCAAACAGUAAGGAUUUUGAUGACCUUUCGCUUGGACUCACUAUGGGCAGUUAUACACCGGUUGGAUAUCACGCUGGAACGGCUACCUCAUCGACGUCAUCAGCUUCCUCGUCGUCGACAGGGACAACACCGGCACCACCUGCGCCACCACCACCAUACCCGUCGUACGGCAUCCAGUACUCGGAGCAGUACUCGACCCCGCCACCUCCACCACCACCUCCCAACCCGUACUACGAUCCAAAGGUGGCGUACUGGUAGUACCGGCGCAAGGUCCCACAGAUCGAACAGGCGGAUCGAUCGAGCUGUACAUAGCCGCCAUCGCACAAACGGUACAAAACCUGGCCAACCCAUCACUCGCUCACACCGACGAUGGGAGCCA